AUGGAGGGCCACAGAAUUGCUCGCUCUCUGCAGGCUCCCAAAUACCUCCCGGGCGCCCUGAGUGUGGCGGCGUGCAAUUUCAUGUCUACUUGGCUGCGCGGAUGGCCUGCAUCCUCACCACCUUCGAAGUUAAUAACUACCUUGGGCCAUGAAAGGGGUGAGAUUCCGUUAGCAGCCGCGUACGCCAAUCCCACGGGGAAGGGGUUCCAUCUCCGGAGGUGCUUUGAAGAACAUGAUUUCGUUGAACCUCCCUUCCCUACAUGUCAUUUCUACCCCUCGACCGAAGAGAAAGUUAUAAAAUCUUUCCCACUGCCCCUCGACUCUACCGCAAGCACAAGCGAACCCGCAAGGACAUCGUUGGUCCGCACCCAGCCUCUCCCCCGGCGGUUCGGCAAUUUUGACCUGUUCAUCAACUUCGGCCUUCUCGUCAACUUCCUCCUUUUCGUUGUCGGAAAUCGCGAUCUGCAGCGGACGGGACACGAGCAGGUCGGCGAGGGAAAGAAGGUGACAGGACCACACGUCGUCCUCGCUGCGCACCGCCCGUGGCAUCAAGAUGUCGCACCACCUUAA